AUGCCGAAUGGAUCACUUGAAAAGUUUAUCUAUGAAGAAAGAUGUGAAAAUGUUCGCCAAUUGGGUUGGCCAAUAUUGUACAAAAUUGGACUAGGCAUAGCUCGAGGAUUGGAGUACUUGCAUCGUGGUUGUACCACUCGGACUUUGCAUUUUGAUAUAAAACCUCAUAAUAUCCUGCUUGAUGAAGAUUUUUUUCCUAAGAUCUCCGACUUUGGUCUUGCCAAACUGUGCGUGAAAAAGGAGAGCAUUCUGUCAAUGUUAGGUGCACGAGGAACCAUCGGUUAUAUCGCUCCUGAAAUUGUUUGCAGAAAUUUAGGAGGUGUCUCUCACAAGUCUGAUGUCUAUAGCUAUGGAAUGAUGGUCCUAGAGAUGGUUGGAGGAAGAAAAAACGUUGACGCUGGAGCUGAUCGCACGAGUGAGAUCUACUUUCCACAUUGGCUCUAUCAACGAAUUGAACAAGAUGAAGAGCUUCAACUAAUUGGGAUAAUGAACGAAGAGGAGAAGGAAUAUGCAAAAAAGAUGGUGAUGGAGAGUUUGUGCUGCAUACAAACUGAUCCCUCAAAUCGACCAUCUAUGACUAAGGUUGUGGAGAUGUUAGAAGGAAACCUAGACUCCAUGCAAAUUCCUCCCAAGCCUUACCUAUAUUCGUCUUCAAGAACCGAGGUAGAUUCAUCAGCAGUGGAACUGACCUAGUCUUAUUUUGUUAUGAACUUUCAGCAAAAGCUGGUAUUGUUGCCUCUAUUUUCGUCGACUACUGAAUUUGUUACUCGCUCUGUACCAUUUUAUAAGACACACUUUCCGUUUUAAUCUGUUUUGUGUUGUAUCCAAAUGAAG